AUGAAUGGCAAGCACCGCUGGACGUGUAGCGUGCUGUGCGCGUCACUCGUGCUCGUCGGAGCUUUGUUCGCUCAACAAGCCCAGGCCGUGCGAGAACACGACUUCAAAAAGUGCAAAGACUCGUCCUUCUGUCGCAGGAUUCGAAGACAGUCAGACUACGUCGAACAAUGGCAGCAGGAUCACAACGAGCCCUUCGUCUCGCCCUACUUUGUGCCAGCGCAGGCGCCCAAAUUUGUGCACAGCAAUGCUAGCAUCAAUCUGCCCUUAUCUUCCGCGCUCCAUCCCGACAUCCAGUUCGAACUUUCUCUCACCUUUUACAAGGACGGUACUGCUCGUGUCCGAGCCGAUCAGGUUGGCGAGCGCUACGGUGGAUGGAAGCGCUACGAUGAGGCCUCCAAAUGGGCCAUCGAACAGAUCCCCGAGUUGGCCUCAGCACCGUCUGACACCCGCAUCGAGACCGACGACACCGGCUUCAGAGUAACUUACGGACCGCAGCUGUCUCGCUCGGUCAAGCUUUCCUACUCUCCGCUCAAGAUCGAGGUCCUGCGCGAUGGACAGACUCAGUUGGUACUCAACGAUCGAGGACUCUUGCACAUGGAGCAUUACCGAAAGAAGCCAGAGCCUUUCCCCACGGUCAAGCAGGAAGACGAGGAGGUAUCAGAGCUCGUCUUCCAAAGGAACAAAAGGUCCAUCCUCAGCUCCUCGUCUGCCGCUCAAUAUGGCGAGUCCCUUAUCUCUCAGUGGGCAGGUUUCGAGCAGGAGGAUCAGGGCGAAUGGGAAGAGACUUGGGCUUCUCGUCGCGACAGCAAGCCGAAAGGGCCUGAAGCCUUGGCCCUCGAUAUCACCUUCCCCGGAUACACGCAUCUUUUUGGUCUGCCCGAGCAUGCCUCACCACUUUCUCUGCGCUCCACCAGGACUCCUGUCGGGCGUACUGCUGUUCAGGACGAUAAAGAUCGCUUCAACGAGCCCUACCGACUCAUGAACACCGACGUGUUUGAGUACGACUACAAUUCGCCCAUGAGCCUGUACGGCAGCGUGCCCGUUUUGCACGCGCAGAGCAAGGACCGCGCCGUCAGCAUCUUCUGGCUCAACGGUGCAGAGACCUGGAUAGACUUGCACAAGACCAACUCAGCCUCGUCCAAAUCGUCCAACGUUGACUCGCAUUCGCAUUUCUUCUCUGAAUCCGGCAUUCUCGACCUCUUCAUCUUCACCUCUGCCGAUGCUCAGACCAACAUGGCUCACUUUACCAAGAUGGUCGGUCGCACCGUCCUGCCACAGUACUUUGCCAUAGGCUACCACCAGUGUCGAUGGAACUAUCUCACCGACUCGGACGUCAAAGACGUCAGCCAACGAUUCGACGACGAGGACAUCCCCAUGGACGUCAUGUGGCUCGACAUCGAAUACAGCAAGGACCACAUGUACGGCGUGUGGGAUGAAAAGGCGUUCAAGGAUCCCGAAGGCAUGGUCAAGGCGCUCGACGACAAAGGUCGCAAGCUGGUUGUCAUCAUCGAUCCCCAUCUCAAGCGAACCCGCGAUUAUUGGCUAUACUCCGAGGCGCAGGACAAAAAGCUGCUCGUCAAGGACUCGGACGGUAAAGGCGAAUAUGAAGGCUGGUGCUGGAGCGGGAGUGCCAGCUGGCUCGAUAUGUUUGAGCCCGCCAGCUGGCAGUGGUGGGCCGACCAGUUUUCGCUGGCAGGAAGCAAGCUCACGGGCAAGAUCCGCGCAAACGCCCGCAACGUGUUUGUCUGGAACGACAUGAACGAGCCCGCCAUCUUCAAUGGUCCGGAGGUUACUUCGCCCAAGGAUGUCAUCCACGCCGGCGGCUGGGAGCAUCGAGAUCUACACAACAUCAACGGCGUGCUCUUCCAUAACCAGACCGCACGCGGGCUUCGAGAUCGCGAGCUUUCGGUGCCUGCGUCGUUGGGUGGUGGCAAGCCGCGUCGACCCUUCGUGCUCUCGCGCGCCUGGUGGGUGGGCACUCAAAAGUAUGGCGCCAUCUGGACCGGCGACAAUUUGGGCACAUGGGAGCAUUUGGCAAUCAGCGUGCCCAUGAUCCUGGCCAACAACAUUGGCGGCAUGAGCUUCUGCGGCGCGGACAUUGGAGGCUUCUUUGGUAACCCGCCACCAGACAUGCUCGUACGUUGGUACCAGGCUGGCAUCUUUGAGCCCUUCUUCCGGGCUCACGCGCACAUCGACACCAAGAGGCGAGAGCCGUACCUGUUGGAAGAGCCGCUUCGAAGCGCUGUGAGGGACCUGAUCAAGCUGAGAUACCAGAUGCUCCCCAUGUGGUACACUGCCUUCAAGGACAACGCGGUCACGGGCCUGCCCGUGCUGCGACCGCAGUACCUGAUGUUCCCCAACGAUCCCGAGGGAUUCGACAUUGACACGCAGUACUACAUUGGCGACUCGGGCCUGUUGGUGCGUCCCGCGGUAGAAAAGGAUGUCGACUCGGUUCAGGUGUACUUGGCUGAGGACCGUCCCUACUACAAUUACUUUACGCACGAGGUGUAUCAGGGCACGGAGCGUGGGCGUAGCGUGACCGUACCCGCGCCACUGACCGAGCAACUGCCGCUGCUGCUCCGCGGCGGCUCUAUCCUUCCAUUGCGAGAGCGAGCUAGGCGGGCUGCAGAACUGGGCCGUACGGAUCCGUUCACGCUGAUCAUCGCCCUGGACAAGCAAGAGCGUACAGCUCAGAGCGGCUCGAAGGGCAUACUUGCCGAGGGAAGCUUGUACUUGGAUGACGGUCAGACAUACGACUUCGAGGAAGGCCAGUUUGUAUGGCGCCGGUUCGAAUGGACCCGAGACAGCGCAUCGGGAGCGCAGUCGUUGCGAAGCAAGGAUGAGGCCGCCAUCAAGAUGGCGGACGCCCACUUGGUGUUGGGAGACAGCAAGCAAUUGCUUCCAUACCAAGAGCAAAACGAGUUUGCCGCGUCCAUCCAAGGCGUACGCGUGUCCAAGCUGGUGGUGCUCGGCUUGGAAAAAGAGCCAAAGGCCGUCCGGGUCAACGGACAGCGCAUCAACGGUCAAGAACAGACACAUGCCAUCGAGUGGACGUGGAAGAGCGGAGCCAGCUCGUCGAGCAAGGGCAAUGCUUUCGGAUUGGGCUCCAACACGGCAUCGGAACUUGUCAUCAAAGACCCUGCGGUGGCCAUCAUCUCGGACUGGACCAUUGACUUUGAGUUCUAG